GUAACAAUAACGCGGCACGCACACCGUUACUCACAUUGCGUUUGCUUUGCUUUGAGAAUAUGAAUGCUCUUGGCGGUGGCGGCUAUGGCGGCCUCUGGGGUUGGAACUCCUCAUCCCCCAGAAAACCCAAGCAGCCAAGCAAACGCCCAUUCGAUUCCAAAUCCCAGUCCUCCUCCAAUUCCAAUUCUGUGGACGCAACCGGAAGAGCCCGUCACUGGUUCCCCUUAAAGCAAGCCGCCACGGCUGGCUCACUGGCUCUGACGGGAGAUACAAUUUCUCAGCUCACACAGCGCUGGAGAAAAGCAGAGGCGGAAAACCAACAGGAUGUAAAACGUGCUCUCCUCUCAGACCAUGAUUGGCUUCGUGCACUGCGGAUGACUUCCUAUGGGUUUCUUUUGUAUGGCCCUGGUUCUUAUGCCUGGUACCAGUAUCUUGAUCAUUCUUUGCCUGCAAAAACUGUCGAGAACCUACUGCUGAAGGUUUUGUUAAAUCAAAUUGUGGUUGGUCCAUGUGUGAUUGCUGUUGUUUUUGCAUGGAACAAUUUAUGGCUAGGGAAAGUGUCACAGCUUCCAGGGAAGUACCAAAGAGAUGCUCUUCCCACUUUACUUUAUGGGUUUAGGUUCUGGAUACCUGUCACUGUAUUGAAUUUCUGGGUGGUUCCUCUUCAAGCUCGUGUAGCUUUCAUGUCUGUGGGUUCAAUUUUUUGGAACUUCUGCUUGUCUUCAACUAUGAGCAAGUAACAUCUAUGCAUUUUAUCAACAGUUGUUGUCAGCAAGCAGAACUUUGGUCACGAGGUUGGUUUGGGAGUCUGACAUCCGGUGGACCACAGGUUUAGAAGAAAAUGACGACCUGAAGCAACUUUUUAGUUAAAAAAUGAAAUUCAAGCCCUUCGAAUUCGAGGAUUGUUAUAACAAUGUGGACCUUAAGUUCUUUUUCUACUAGCCAUAAAAGAAGAAAGGAAAGCCGAUAUGUUUCUUAA